GUCAGGAGCUACAUUUCAAUAGGCCGGCGCUCCCCGCGGCGAAGGCAACGAAACCGAUCGAGUUUCAUUUCCACUCUGACGCGCGAAUAGAAGCGCGUAAGGCCGAGCUCGGGAACUCGAGCGGCAUGCAGACACGAUCGCGAUCACAUGCCCGCUUAGCGAUUCCUGACUUUAAGGCGAUGCACGCUGCGCAAGAGACGGCCUUGGCAGUGCGGCGCGAGCAGAUCGUGCCUGUGCUCCCCGUGGGGCUUGAGCUGCACACUGACGCGCGCGCGCGCGAGCGGGAGAGGUUUGACGAGGCACGGCGGGAGCGGGAGCGCGAAGUCGAGCAGCAGAUGGAAGAGGCGAGGAGAGUGCGCGAGCUUGAGGAAGCGAGGGAGAUCAGGGAGCUUCGGAAGCGCGCGGUGCCCAAGGCAAAUGAGAUACCGGAAUGGUACGCGAAUGCUCCGAAGCGAAAAGGUAAGAGCAGGGCAUGAUGAAUUACGAUCGAAUAGAAGGGGGUGGCUUCAAGGCGGGAAAGGACCGGUGU